AAUUAACGUGAAGUGACUAGAGUCAAUAUCUUUCUUGCGGUGAAGGAAAGGCCAAAGUAGCAUUAGCAAUAGCAUGUUUGUUGCUCCCAUUUGAGUUUCAAGUUUGAGCAUUUGCUUUUGUUUUUUUCCUAGAGCGCAGUUAUGGUUCAGCUUCCUCCAAACGCGAGCCCCCUCAAGUGACUGCUUUAUAAGCCAACCUCUUUCACAAACAAACAUCACAAUCUCUAGAGUUCUACACACAAGCACGUUCUAGAGAGAGAUAGGAAAUUAUUAAAUUAAGCAAAUGGGUCGCAAUAGCAUAGACAUGGACAGGGAGAGAUUAACGGCUGAGAUGGACUUCAAGGACUCAUCCUCCGCCGUGAUCAGAAUCCGGCGCCGGCUGCCGGAUUUCCUUCAGUCGGUGAAACUGAAAUACGUGAAGUUGGGAUUGGGAUACGGUUACUCAUACUCAUGCAAAGCAGCCAGCAUUGUGAUGCUAGCCAUCACCCUCCCUCUCGUGUUCUCUCUAACCGGUGGUAUCAAGCUCUCCAAACUCUGCUCCCACAACCACCAGCUCGACGCCGAGACCGUGGCGGCGGCUUCGGCGGCGCUACUCUCCCUGGCCGCCCUGUACUGGUGGAAGCGGUCCCCGGCGGUGUACCUGGUGGACUUCGCGUGCUACAAGCCGGAGAAAGAACGCAAAAUAUCGGUGGAGGGGUUUCUGAAGAUGACCGAAGAGAGUGGGGGGUUCGAGGAAGAGUCUCUCCAAUUCCAGAGGAAGAUUUCCACAAGGGCGGGUUUGGGCGACGAGACCUACCUUCCCAGAGGAAUAACUUCUCGGCCGCCCAAGCUCUGCAUGAGCGAAGCGCGUCUGGAGGCAGAGGCAGUCAUGUUCGGCGCCCUGGACGCUCUUUUGGCCAAAACGGGGGUUGAUCCGAAGGACAUUGACAUUCUGGUGGUGAAUUGCAGCCUGUUCAACCCAACACCAUCUCUAUCUGCAAUGAUUGUGAACCACUACAGGCUGAGAAGCAACAUAAAGAGCUACAACCUCGGCGGCAUGGGAUGCAGCGCGGGACUCAUAUCGGUUGACUUAGCCAAAGACCUUCUCAAAGCAAACCCGAACUCCUACGCGGUGGUGGUGAGCACGGAGAACAUAACCCUCAAUUGGUACAUGGGCAACGACCGAUCCAUGCUACUCUGCAACUGCAUUUUCCGAAUGGGAGGGGCCGCAGUGCUCCUCUCAAACAAGCCAUCAGACAUGGCACGCUCCAAGUACCAGCUCCUCCACACAGUCAGAACCCACAAGGGGGCAGAUGACAAGAACUACAACUGCGUAUACCAAAAGGAGGACCAGAGCGGGAAAAUAGGGGUGUGUUUGGCGAGGGAGUUGAUGGCAGUGGCAGGGGAGGCGUUGAAAACAAACAUAACGACCUUGGGGCCGUUGGUUCUGCCAUAUUCGGAGCAGGUGAUGUUCGUGGUGUCGCUGGUGAGGAGGAAGGUGCUGAAGAUGUCGGGGGUGAAGCCAUACAUUCCGGAUUUCAAGCUGGCCUUGGAGCAUUUUUGCAUACACGCCGGGGGGAGAGCGGUGCUGGACGAGCUGCAGAAGAAUCUUGAGCUGAGCGAGUGGCACAUGGAGCCCUCCAGGAUGACCCUGCACAGAUUCGGUAACACUUCCAGCAGCUCCCUCUGGUACGAGCUGGCCUACACGGAGGCCAAGGGUCGGGUCUCCAAGGGGGAUCGGGUCUGGCAGAUCGCCUUCGGGUCGGGUUUCAAGUGUAACAGCGCCGUCUGGAAGGCCGUUAGGGACAUGCCAUUCUUAAAGGACUGGCGUGGCAACCCCUGGGAUGACUCCAUCAAUAACUAUCCCGUUCAUCUUCCCUCCGCAUCUUCUAAUUAACUCUAUUACCCCCCGAUUUUACUACUCUCUUCUUCAUUAGCUGCUUCAUUUUCUUGCAUGGAAUUCCAAACUUGUUCACCAUGUCUAUCAAUACUAAAGGAACCCAUCUUCUCCUUCGUUUAUUUUCUCAAACUAACAUUAAUGCAUCAUCAAAUGUUAUUUUUUGUUAGAAAUAUUAUUUAAAAGAAUUCAUGUGGGUGUUUACCGGUUUGAAUUAA